AUGGCGACGGAGGCCUCGCCACUGCUUUCCGGCGGUAGCGGGAACAACAAACGGACAUCCACGGCCAACCAGAAGGUGUUCACCCGCCCCUUACCCAACGCCGUGACCUACGACCUGUCCACGCCCGACCAGGCCACGAUCCGCCUGCCCCCCGGGUCGACCUGGACCUCGGGCCCGCACUGGCACGACACGCACACCGAGUUCCUCCAGGUCAUCAAGGGCCGGGCAGAGGUCAUCCUGGGGUUCCGCGGUCCCGGGGCGCGAGGUAGCAAGGGCAAAGGCAAUGGCGGUCGGGAUGGUAGUGCUGGUGCUGGUGGCGAGGUGGAGGAGGAGGAGGAAGACGAAGAUGGAGAAGGAGUCACGGUCAUGCCCGCGGUCACGCCGCUCGACGGCGUCGUGAUUAUCCCCCGCGGCACGGUGCACGAGUGGCGCCGCAGCCGUGCCCUGCUGUCGCGGUCGCCGCAGGGCGAUGGCGAGGUUCAGCAUGAGGAGGAGGAGGAGCUCGUCGUGAAGGAGUGGACGGACCCCAAGGACGGGCAGAAGGAGACAUUCUUCCGCAAUCUCAACGGGAUCAUACUGGACGCGCUCGCCGCCGAGGCUGAGCUGUCAAGGCCGAGAAGAGGCGGAGCGGGGCAAGCCGCGGAACAGGAUGCUGAAGGCGGAGAGGAGGACGACAGUGAAGGGCCAAAGAGCUGGCGGAUGCGCACGCUGGAUCUCGAGCUGAACAACUUGUUCUGGCGGAUGGAUAACUGGCCGUUGGUCCUUGAUCGUGAUGGCGGCUGGCCUGGGUGGAUGCAUGGUCUGGCAACGAGGGCGGUCCUGCUUGGGUCGGUUGUGCUAGGGAAGAUUCUAGGGUUCAAGGGAGUCUAUGGGGAGUAUGAGGCUCAGAGGUAG